ACUCAGUAUCUUAAUGAUUCUAAUGUCAAAUACAUUAUUGCUUAUCAAAAUGUGCAAAGUCUACCAAAAAAUUUUAAUUUUAUAAAAAAUAAUCCCAUUUUUAAAGACGCACAUUUCCUAAUUUUUGUUGAAACCUGGUUACUUAAAAAGAAACAAAAUUUAAAAAUAAAUGAUUUUGAAGUGUUUGCCAACCUGAAUAACGAUCAAACUGUAAGUAAACCCUUUGGCAUAAUUUGUUUCAAGAAAAAAAAUGUAUCAGCAAAAAUAAAGUCAGUGAAAAAAUACACCAAAGAUUUCUGUGGUAUAGUGUUUCAAGCAAUCACAUUUUACUUGAAUGAAAUUUAUGUCAUAGCAGUUUAUAUUCCCCCAAAAUUGAGCAUUGCACAUGCUAAAUUUUGUUUGGAAGAGAUUAUUGAUCAACAAAGUGAUAUCCUAAUCAUCGGUGAUUUUAAUCAAGAUAUUAUCAAUCAAAAUGAAAAUGGUUUGAAAAAUUGUUUAAUAUCUAAAGGUUUAAGUUGCAAAUUGAGUGUUGGCGAAUCAACUACAAAAUCAAAAACUCAAAUUGAUUGGCUUUUUAGUAAUUUUAAUAAUUUGAGUUACAAUAUUUACAAUACUGUGUAUAGUCACCAUAAAUCACUAGUGGUUAGUAUUUAUGAUAAAGGUUUUAUUCCCAAGCAGGUAAAAAACGUUGAUAAAAAUAAACAAUCUACAAAAGGCUCUACUGAACUAAAAUUUAAUACCAAGCAAAUGCAAAUUUUACCAACACAAAAUUCAUUGGGUAUCUCUACUUACCAAAGUGUAGAAGAUAAUAAUGACAAUAUGGUAGUAGAUAUUAGUUCAGAUGACGAAAACAACCCCAACUUAUUUACUAAACCGCCUGCUUUAUUAAAUACCGAUAUGGUAUCAUGUUAUGCAAAUAGCAUCGUACAGUCAUUUUUAUGUUUACCUGAAUUUCGCUUUUCCAUUUCAAAGCGAAAUACAGCGCUAAACAGUAUUCUAAAUGAUAUUAUGCUGACCAAAAUUAAUUCCACAUUAAAAGUUCGACAAUUGGUGUCUGGUCGAAAUGGUGAAAAUUUUGCUGUAAAUCAACAAAUGGACGCUCAAUCAUUUUGUCAAUCUUUAAUCAGAAGAUUAGAUGCAGAUGAUUUUAGCAUUUUCAUAAAAGUUAAUGGUCAUGAACUUUUAAAUUGUCAAAACUGUAAUAUUAAUAUGAAUGAAAAUGAACAAAUAAUAUACACUCAUUUUCUUUAUUUUCCUGAAAACUGUGGCAAUUUAAUUGAUUUUAAUUCAAUGUUAAUGCUAAAAGACUCUGAUAGAUUAUGCCUAUACUGUAACAAUAAUCUAAAAACACGCUCAGUGGUUAUAUGCCAUAAAUAUUUGGUAGUAUGUCUUCAGAGAAUUGGCCCUCAAGGGAAUAAGAUAAAUACCAAAUUUUACAAUUUUGCCUCUGAAAGUGUUAUUUUGGAUGAGCAAAUAUUCCGAGUAAAAAGUGUUGUUAAGCAUCAUGGAAACACCAUUGGAUCUGGUCAUUAUACAUCUAUAGUUAAUUAUAACGAUCAAUGGUGGAAAUGUGAUGAUAAUCGCAUAACUAGAAUGUCUGGGUUUGAUAACACUUUAGAAGAUGUAUACUUAUUGCUCUUAGAAAAAUGCUAAAUUUUCUUAAAAUACUAGGACAAACCUAUUUAACAUAAACAAAAUUACAAAUGAGCAAAGCAGUAUUCAAAUAGUAUGAGCAGUGAGUUUUGCAUUGCAAGCAAAUAAAACAUCAGUUUACUCACACUUCUAGCUUAACAUGCAUCCAGGGGUUAUCCGGCCCCACUGUAACCGAA